AUGAAUCCAGUCGGAAGAGUUCGUCGUCCUCGAAUUCGCAAAAGAGAUCCCAAUCAUAUACCUCGUCCUAUGAAUAGCUUCUUAUCGUAUCGUACAGAAAUGCAAGCGGUCAUCAGGAAACACUGUCCUUUGGCUAAUCAUCGUGAAAUCUCUAAAGUGGUUGCCAAGUGGUGGCAUGAAGCAUCAGAUGAAGAAAAGCAAGUCUUUCGAAACAAGGCAGAGGUAGCCAAGGGUGAACAUACAAAGAUGUACCCUGAUUAUAAAUUUAACCCCAAGAAGAGAAAAAGCCCAAGUGGCAAUAAGAGGCCAGAAAGAAAGAUUGCUGUAGCUGAGGAAGAAAGUCAAGAUAAACAAGAAAGGUAA